UGUCGCAAACAGUUCUCUUCGCCAUGAACACCUCUGUCUCGUCUCGUAACGCAACUCUUUUGCUCCGCAUCAGUUGCCUCAUCUGGUUGCUAGCCAUCGAUGUGAAUGCCGCUGUCAGUGCCAAUGCGCUGAGCGCCAACAGAUUGCUAAAGGAGCCCCUGCCGCUGGCACUUCAAGUGAGGAUUCGACAGUGUCGCCAGCGUUGCUAUCAACAGACUCUAGCGGAGCAAACGCCGCCAGCUUUGUGCCGCAGUCGCCCCGAUUGCUACAUGUGCCACGACUACUGCCGUGUCCUGGUCAUCGCCGAGUGGAGUCUGGCCGCCGCCAUGUGUGCCGAUCGUAACUUCUGCAGCCGCGGAUGCCGCACCGCCUGCCAAUUCCAUCGUCACUAUACGACGUCGAAGGGCGGUAAUUAGAUUGA